UCCUUCUAGAGCCAAGAUGGCGGAGUACGACCUGACCACCAAGAUUGCUCACUUUCUGGACCGGCAUUUGGUUUUUCCUCUGCUGGAAUUCCUGUCUGUGAAAGAGAUUUACAAUGAGAAGGAACUUCUUCAGGGGAAGCUGGACCUGCUCAGCGAGACCAACAUGGUGGAUUUCGCCAUGGAUGUUUACAAGAACCUGUACGCCGACAAGGAGAUCCCAAUUUCGCUGAGGGAGAAGCGGACCACCGUCGUCGCUCAGCUCAAGCAGCUGCAGUCGGAGACGGAGCCCAUCGUCAAGAUGUUUGAGGACCCGGAGACGACGCGGCAGAUGCAGUCCACCAGGGACGGGAGGAUGCUGUUCGACUACCUGUCAGAGAAACAUAACUUCCGUCAGGAGUACCUGGAUACGCUGUACCGGUACGCCAAGUUCCAGUACGAGUGCGGGAACUAUUCUGGCGCCGCCGAGUACCUCUACUUCUUCCGUGUUUUGGUUCCGUCGACGGACAGGAACGCCCUCAGCUCCCUGUGGGGGAAACUGGCCUCCGAGAUCCUGAUGCAGAACUGGGAGGCCGCCAUGGAGGACCUGACGCGCCUGCGGGAGACCAUCGACAACAACUCGGUGAGCUCGCCGCUCCAGUCGCUGCAGCAGAGGACCUGGCUCAUCCACUGGUCGCUCUUCGUCUUCUUCAACCAUCCCAAAGGCCGAGACAACAUCAUCGAGCUCUUCCUCUACCAGCCUCAGUACCUGAACGCCAUCCAGACCAUGUGCCCCCACAUGCUGCGGUACCUCACCACCGCCGUCAUCACCAACAAAGACGUCCGGAAACGCCGGCAGGUGCUCAAGGACCUGGUGAAGGUCAUCCAGCAGGAGUCGUACACCUACAAGGACCCGAUCACAGAGUUCGUGGAGUGUCUCUACGUGAACUUCGACUUCGACAGCGCCCAGAGGAAGCUGAGGGAGUGCGAGUCGGUUCUGGUGAACGACUUCUUCCUGGUCGCCUGUCUGGAGGAUUUCAUCGAAAACGCUCGCCUCUUCAUCUUCGAGACCUUCUGUCGGAUUCACCAGUGCAUCAGCAUCAACAUGCUCGCCGACAAGCUCAACAUGACGCCCGAGGAGGCGGAGCGAUGGAUCGUCAAUCUCAUCCGAAACGCCAGACUGGACGCCAAGAUCGAUUCCAAGCUGGGUCACGUUGUCAUGGGCAACAACGCGGUGUCGCCCUACCAGCAGGUGAUCGAGAAGACCAAGAGCUUGUCGUUCCGCAGCCAGCUGUUGGCCAUGAACAUCGAGAAGAAGGUGGCGCACAGCAACAGGAACGAGACACCGAACUGGGCGGCUCAGGACUCCAGCUUCUACUGAGAUGAAGACGACGCCUCGGAUCAUAUUUAUUCUCCUUUUAUUACUUCCAUAAAUGUGUUUUUAUUUACCCACCGCCGCUAGUUUGACGUCCAGGAGACGAACUUGCGUGACCCCCUCCCUCCCCCUUGAACUGUUCCCAUCAUAAUCACCCGUUAAGAUCUACUGUUACUCUGAAUUUAAACUUCAUACUCCACUUCUAACCACAUUAAAUGUUUUAUUUGUAAA